GUGCAGAUGCAAUCCCUGGACUCCAGCCUAUAGAUAACUGAUAACCCCAGCUCCUGCAGCAUGGAGGCUUGUCUGAGACUGUGCUUCUUAGGAUUUCUCAUUUUAUCAGUGAGAGGUGGAUCACAAAGCGAUGAAGAGCCCUUGGUCUUGCAGUCUCCUGAGUUCGUCUAUGCCUUCAAGGGACACUCAGCCCAGAUUAAGUGCUCCAUCUCUGAGGCGAGUAAAAUUGAUGGGCUGUAUCUCAAGAGGCGUUUUGCUCAGCCCCAGGACGUGCUGUACCUCUCCUUAGCCACAAUGAAGAUCAAUACUGAGGAGUACAAGAGUCGCUUAACACACCACGGAGAGUGCUGCAGCUUUGCCUUCAACAUCACCCAGCUGCAGCUCAAUGACAGCGACGGCUAUUACUGUGUAUGGGGCGGCUUGGACAUAGCAACGGGCAUGCUUAUGAGCUAUGAAAGUAACGGGACACUCAUUGUAGUGAAAGAGCCUCGUGUCUCGUGCCCACCAGACUCUGCAAGAUCGAAGCUGAACUUUUUCCUGAUCUUUGUUGUGAUGUCAGCCGGUGCCAUCGUGGUGUCUGUGGUCAUGUGUGUGCUGCUGUGGCACUGCACAGGGAACAAGAAAAGGUACCAGCUAAAUAAAAUACCCCAAGCAAGGCUCGAAGCAAACUCCAGGGCUCCAGCCAGCCAGCCUCUCCAGGUACUGAGACCCUCAAGCAAACCCCCAGGGCUCCAGCCAGCCGCUCCAGGUACUGAGACCCUCAAGCAAACCCUCAGGGCUCCAGCCAGCCAGCCGCUCCAGGUACUGAGACCCUCAAGCAAACCCCAGGGCUCCAGCCAGCCAGCCUCUCCAGGUACUGAGACCCUCAAGCAAACCCCCAGGGCUCCAGCCAGCCGCUCCAGGUACUGAGACCCUCAAGCAAACCCCAGGGCUCCAGCCAGCCAGCCGCUCCAGGUACUGAGACCCUCAAGCAAACCCCAGGGCUCCAGCCA